AUGUCAUUUUUCUUUUUGUACCAUUUGGCUAUAUAUUCCCUGGUUAGCUUCUCACUGACGUGUAUUCUGCGAAGCGGGAAGAGUCCUGCCUACUUGGGGAACCACCCCCGGGACGCCUGUCCGUUUGUGCGACAGCCAGUAAGAAGGAGGAAGAAGAGCCGCGCCGAGACGGGGAGGCAGGACUGCAUCACUCCAUGUGAUACGAACUGUGUAAGGGACACCUACCUGUUUGCAGAGGGGACAAUUGGACCCCAUGAUGGGUCGACCUGCGAAGGGGGGAUGAUCCCCGGCGGGGGGGAAAUUACCACAUCACGGAGGGAAGAGGACCCACUCGAUGGGGAGGCCCCGCAGAAGGGGGAACUCUCUUCGCACCAGAUGGAUACAAAAGAGAAUCGAUUCGCUACGAUAAGGAGCGGCGUGGACAGACUUCUCUUCGUCAAUAGGAACCUGUUUUAUACUCUCCAGGAGGGAGGUUGCCUCACCAUCGAGGGGGGCUCCCCUGUUGACGUGAAAAAGAAGAAGAAGAGGGUGCACGCCGAUGGUAAGUGCCCAGAGGAGGUAGAAAUGCUGCUACAAGGAAUGUGCAACUUCGCUUUCAAUGAGGAACCGCUAACAAUGUAUACCGAUAUGAUCAGACAGAUCGUCGACCAGGGGGUGAUUCCCUUGGCCAUUGGAGAGUCCCGAGGAAAAGUCGAUUCCUUGGACAGGGAGUUUCUCAAUUACAUAGCGGUGCUGUUGUUGCGCGCGGGGGGGACUAUCCCGAUGGGGAGUGGCUCAUGGGAAGGUCCCCCAUUGGAGGGUGCCCCAUUGGAGGGUGCCCCAUUGGAGAGUGCCUCAUUCGAUGGCGCCGCUAGUAGGGAUGCCCCCUUCCAACGAAGCGACCACGUGAGGGACGUGGCCAAAAAGCUGCUGCUACUGAAGGAGGCAAUGGUUAAGCUAGCCAAAGAGCAUAAAAUACGAAUGGACACACUCUACAUAGACGAAGAGACAGGAGAUGUGAAGGUCAGACGGAACAGCUUCGAGGAUGGGAAUGAAAGGAGAAGUAACUGGAAGUUGAUUUUUCUCGGGACAGGGUCCAUGUAUCCAUCAACCAACAGAGGCACAUCAUCCUUUCUCCUCCAGACGACAAAAAAGAAAUGCAACGAGGCGUUCCUCUUCGACUGUGGAGAGAAUACCUUCAUUUCUCUGCAAAGGGCAAACAUAAAGAUUAGCAAAAUAAAGAAUAUUUUCAUUACGCACCUACAUGGAGAUCACUGCUUGGGCAUCAUCUCUGUCCUCACCAUGUUGCGCAAUACAAACAGGAUCAAUAUUUACGGCCCGGAGGGGAUUCACCGUUUCCUGAGGAACACCUUCCGUUCUACCUACUCGAAGCGGAUGGCCCGAUUUUUCGUGUACGAGAUGACGAGGACGGAGGGGGCGACAACCCAGCCUGGCAAGAUGGCUUCUCCCUCCGGGGGAAAGAAGCGCCAUGACGUGGAGUUCCUCCUCCCAGACGAGCACAACACUUAUCCAGUGCUUCGAAACGAUUACGUAGAAAUCUUGGGCUUCCCGAUCAAACACACCGUCCCUACCAUCGGCUACAUCGUACGGGAGAUAAACGUUGAGAGUAAGUUCAACGCAUCUUACAUAGAUGAGCUUAUUAAGAGAAACUACGACGAACUGAAGAAAUGCGAAAAACUGGAGUUUAUCCCCCACAAGAUAUAUGAGCAUGUCAUUCGGAAAAUGAACACUGGAGACGUUGUAGUCUUUCCAGACAAAACGAAACUUACGUUUGGUGAUGCCUACAAAGAGGUGUACCAGGGGAGGAAGAUCGUCAUCUGUCAAGACACGUACGAUGCAUCCAGUUUGGAGAAAUUCGCUACCGAUGCGGAUGUUCUCAUACACGAGGCCACAAACAGUUUGAUCGAUCUGACUGACCAGAGUGUCGCUCCUCCGGAUGGGUUCUGUGGGGAUCAUAUGGAGCCGUCCCUUCGAAGUGGCGUCCCUGGGGGAGUGGAAACCGCGUCUGAGCACGUUGACGGGGCGGCAAACCAGGCUGACACUGCGUCUGAGCAGGUUGACGACGUGGCAAACCAGGCUGACACUGCGUCUGAGGAAGUUAACACCGCCGCAAACCACGCGAAGAGCUCCUCUAAGCAGGUUCUCCCCGAUGUCGUCAGAAAGUACAACAAAAUCAUUGCCGAGCGGGGGCACUCCACGGCCAACAUGGCGGGAACCUUUGCCCGAAAAAUAAACGCCAAGAAGCUGAUACUGACGCACUUCUCGCAGAGGUACAUUGGAGACAAUAAACUCAAGAACAUCGCCAUCAUGCGUAGAAUCGAGCGGGAGGCAGAGGAGUCCUUUGCAGGGACCACCCAACGGGAAAGUGAAGACAGCGCCGACUGCUCCAGCACCACUGCUGGAAGUUGCGAUGGGGAAAAGGAGGUCAUCGCUGCGUAUGAUGGGCUAAUCGUGUAUGUCCCUCCGCAGAGGGUAAAGUGA